UUUGAUUAUCAAUGUAUCUGAUAUCCGGAUUGAAGACGAAAGACAUCACGAUCAAGCGGGUAUAUAAGGCCGUGCUUGUGAUCAUUUCAAUAAUAAAAUCAAAGAAGACAUUUUUUGACUGCUAACGUUUGCAAUCAUUGCACGCAGACUGAACACAGAAGUAUGCGUCUUAAAACAGUGUUAUUCGCACUUGCUGUGGUAACUUUGACCGCUGUCACGGAAGGACACCCUAGUAGGAGACACAACAAGCUUACUUGGUGGCAAAAUUUCUUAUGUUCCAACUGGUAUAACUGGCCAUGGAUACAAAACGGCAUAACCCCAGAACCAACAGAACGAAUUUCACAGAUGAGAACUCUGGUUGGAUCUUGCCGAGCCGACGUUGGCACAUGUCCAGUGCGUUCCUGUUCAACUAAAACUAAACAUUUCAACUUUUGUCCUGAUGACGGCUACGUGUGCCCCGAAACAGAGACACGAACUGCAGACUGUGGCUUUUUUGGAGAGAGAACGUACGAGUAUGUCAAACAAUGUGGAUGUUGUAAGGACAAUGGUGUCAUUGUAACAGGUAUUGUUAAAGAUGCAGACACUAAUGAACCACUAAGUAAAAUAAUUGUUUAUUUUAACGGCAGAUUCGUUGUCUACACUGGAGAAGAUGGUCAGUUUAAAUCGACCAUAAAGUCAAGUGUUCGAUCUAUUGUUGUAACAACAAAGGACAGGAGUAGAAAUUACAUGGCUGCUGUCAAAAUUGUUGAUAUACCGGAAGGUUUUAGAGGCCCAGUAGAAGUUGAACUAUUAGCUAUACAAAAAUCUAAACCUGUGGAAAUUAACUCAACGGUUGAUACAGUGCUUUCUCUUUCCAAUGAUCCACUAGACCCAAAUGCUGGUAAUACUGUUAUUGAAAUUCAAGCCAAUUCGUUUACUGAUCGCCGGGGUAGACCUUACAACGGUAAAGUAAAUGCCCGCGUUACAUUUAUUGACACCGUCGGCAGCCCGGACGCAGUUGCCCCUGGUCGAUUCCAAACCUUAGAUGGAGAUACGAUAGAACCUCUCAUCACCGACGGAGUUGCUUCAUUUAAUUUCGAAAGCACUGGCGGAAAAUUUAUCAAACUCUCUGCACCCGUGAAGUUCACCGGAAGAGAAGGUAUGAAGGUUUGGGAACUAAAUACGAGAACAGGUUUAUGGGAACCUGCAAGGAUUGUUCAGGGUAGAAGGAAACGUCAGGUUACUCUUGAUGACAUAAUCAACAUUGAAAGCGAUCGUUGGUACAACAUUGAUAAAAUCCCAGGUGCCCCUAGGUGCUACUUCAAAGGUAGAAUCUUCAACGAAACUAGUGGAGACGAGAUCAUGAGUAGUGCUACUACGUCAUUUCGACCGGAAAUAACUGCCUAUACCUCUAUUGGACAACGGCUCCGAUUGUACUCUGGCUUUACAAGUGAACCAAGUACUACCUGCUACGAAGUAAGAUGUCCUGUUGUCAACAAUCCCAAUAAUUCUCUGGCUGGGUUCAUUAACAUGUCUGCUACAGAAGUUAUUUCUUUUGGAGGGAUAAAUUUACCGUCCAAAAUUUACCUUACUCCGAGGGAAUUCGUUAAUUAUGAUGCCGUUAUAAAACCGAGACUGUCUGCCGUGCAAUAUGAAAUUGCACCAAAUGACGUAGACGUUUUCGUUAACUUUGUUUCCAAUACUGCUGGGCCAUUUUAUAGGAACAGAAAUGCUUGCGAAAGCUCGAGCGUGACACAGCCUGCAUUGCAUUUCUUAAAACCAGAACCACCAAACUACGAACAUGCUCCAGAUGUUGAUGAAAUUUGUACUGCAAGGAUCGCUUUCAAGGAAGAAGGAUACUUUUUUAAUUACGCGUCGAAUUUAACAAACUUACCAAAUGUAACGGGAAUCAGCGUAUGGGAACAGAAUGGCACAAAAUCGUACUUUAUUGAUGAUGCUCAAAUGGAAUUUUCAACGGACGGGAACGAAACAUUUAUAUUCAUAUGUCUAAAGUACCGAUGUAGUCAAGAAAACGAAUCUACCACCGUUUACCUCGAUAUAGAUAUUCCUACAGUUAACGUAACGUACAAUCGCACGUAUCCGAACGGUUCUGUCGUUAGCUUUACCUAUCCUAGACAAGAGUUUGGUUGCUAUGGAGAUAUUGCUGAAGGAUCUGAAUUUUCUAAACAGGCAGGCGGUGAUAAUGUAACAACAAUUGAAGGAUCAUUCAUUGCCCCAGAAGACGUCGCAUCAGGACCAGACUUCUACGACUCGGAGACCAACGACUGCACACAAGAGUCGGACCAUGAAACAUUUGCAUAUGUGUUUUAUUGCUAUAGCAAGCAAAGGGGUCAAGUGUCUUAAACUCUUAAAACAUUUACAUUAUCAAAAGAUUCACAAUUUUCCAGCGUGAUUGUGAAUCUUACAAUAAAAGUUUAGCAGUUAAAGUUCUGUUACUAGAAGGAAUUUUGAAUACUUGUGGAAUUUAACAUACCAUUUUGCAGUAAUUAUGAAUAGAUUAUUCUAUUAAUAUAGAUAUUUGUAACAGCGAUGAUGCCCAUAUUAAGGCAUGUUACACAUUUUAGUUUUUUUUUAUUUAUUGUCUAAUUUUACUUAACUUAUCCCGAGCAGUAUAAUCGAUUGAAUGUUUACUUAGAGUUCAUUGACUUCUUAAUAAGAAUUUUGAUUUGAUAAAUGUCUUGAAAGUACAAUUUGAAUUUCAGAAAAACGAAGCGCUCGUUGCACAUUAGGAAAAUGUUUACUAUUACAAUGUUGGGUAUAUUUAGAGGUUUGUAUGAGUAAAGAAUAUUGUAAAUAUGUUGCCUGAUUAUAAUUUUAUUCAUCUUUUGUUUUGAUUCCUUUCAAUACCUAUAUUUUGUAUUUGUAAUAAACUCUACAUCAGUG